UUGCACCUUGUUUCGACAAUACUUAUGGCUUUCGCUCACAUCACCUUCAAUAUGUACUUAUACUUCGUAGUGUUAAUACAUAAAAGUGCGUACGUGAACAAUUCUGAAAAACUGGAGUUUCACACGUAUCUAAUUGUAUCUAUAACGUAUUAUAUUAUUAAAGUAGUAUUGAUAGUAUGGGCUUGCGAAACCGGGAAGAAUCAAGCACUGGCGAUCAAAACUACAGUUCGCGACGAAUUCAACAACACCAACAAUGAGCAAACAAAAUACGAGUUGGAGCUUUUUUCCUUGCAAGUAUUACAUUGUGAAAAUGUAUUUUCCGCAAAGUGGAUUAAUAUAGAUGCUACACUCUUUAAAUCGGUAA